AUGGGUAUCAAGGAUCUAGCUAUCAGCUAUGUGGUGUUUUCCACCGUCCACUUCUUCCUAUUCGCUCUGGCUCUGACCACUAUCGGUUUGUAUGGUACCGACCUUCAUAAUGCGAACAAGCAGGGCAAAUACUCUGAUUCUAAGUGGGUCUACGCCGUGGUUGUUGGCAGCAUCUCUGCCGUGACGUGUGUACUCUACUUUAUCCCGUUUGUACUGCGUGUCGCCGGCUUUGUUGUCGCGAUAUGGGACUUCAUUCUAUUCGUCCUCUGGAUCGCCCUCUUUGGCGUCUUUGGCAAGAUGUACAUCAAUGAGGACGCCGAGGGUGACGGUGGUGUCAAGCGCAUGAAGAACGCGGUCUGGGUCGAUCUCGCCAGCGCCCUGCUCUGGCUGAUUGCUACCUUGGCGGCCCUGGGCUACUGGUGGAAGCACAGGGACAACCGAUCCAAAUUUACUGGCCGCGCUCAUGUCUGA